AUCAGUCCAGCGAUAGUAGGUAUGAAUUAUUAGUGGUCAUUAUUUUCCGUUGCUAGCAAGGUCAGGAUAGUUAAAAGGUUGGGUAUGGCAGGCGGCAAAGAGUAUUUAACAUGCACUCGCAUUUUGGCAAUGAUGGUGAUCCUGUGUUACAUUCUCCAAUACAUGUGCAGAAUCAACAUGUCAAUAGCAAUCGUGGACAUGACCGCCAACAGCACGCAGUUCAACUGGACAAAAACGCAAAAGCACGACAUUCUGGGCUCCCUUUUUUGGGGCUUUAUCUUCGGCCCUAUUCCGGGAGGCCGUCUUGCCGAAAUCUACGGUCCCCGAAUUGUUGUAACCGUAAUAAUGCUACUGACUGCUCUUUUCACCCUGCUGACCCCACCUGCUGCCUAUCUGAACUAUUACUGCUUGUUGUGUGUCAGAUUUGGGGUGGGCUUGAGCACGGGAGCGGCCUUUCCAGCCGUUUUUCCCGUCGUGCCGAAGUGGAUACCUCCAAAACAUAUGUCGCAGUUUAUGGCACAUAUACUAGCCAGCCAGUUGGGCUUAAUGUUGACGCUGAGUUGUUCAGGUCUUUUGAUCGACUUUUGGGGGUGGCCGUGUGUGUUUUACAUCAGUGGGGGUAUAACCACUGUGUGGUCCUUUUGCUGGUUUUACUUGAUUUACGAUUCGCCUCAACAACAUCCAAGGAUUAAAAAGGACGAACGGGAGAAACUCGAGAAGGAAAUCGCUGAGAGAACAGUGAGAAGGAAGAGUCCUUGGGUGAAAAUACUGACGUCGCGGCCUGUUUGGGCCUUUAUUGCCGCAUAUUCUGGGAUUUUAUUCAAUGUUAACACUGCAGUCAACUACAUCCCGUUGUAUCUGAACCAAAUUCUCGAUUUCGACAUUAAAGCAAACGGGGUUUUAUCUGGCUUGCCCUUUUUAGCAACCUACUGCACGGCUGUCUUUACGUGUUACUUGGCGGAUAGAUGGCGAAAACGGAACACGUUUUCUGUUUUUACGAUACGGAAAAUUUUUGCCGGGACUCUCUUCGGGACUUCUUUCAUAAUUCUUCUCGUUUUGUCCGUUUGGGGCUACAUCCGAGUGGUGGCUGUUGUUGCGUUAAUACUCUGGCAAGUGUUUUGCGGAAUGUCGAGUGCUUCGGUACUGUCCAACGUUAUGGAUUUUGCCCCGAAUUACUCAGGAAGCAUUAAUGGAAUAUCUGCCACGUUUGGCGGUUUCGCGGGUUAUUUGUCAACAAAGCUCUUUACCGCUUUUAUCAAAAAUGAACACAGUUUUAAAGACUGGCAACUCCUGUUCUGGAUUUUGGCAGGUGCUAAUUUUGUGAGCUUUUUGUUUUUUGUGGCGUUCGGGUCUUCGGAAUUGCAGGAAUGGAAUUCAGAAAGCGUUAACCAUGACAAGGAAGAAACAGAACAAAUAAAAUUGGAUUGCUGAUAUUAUACUGACGUGCAGAUGAAAAUUCGUCGAGAAAAA